CCCUGGGCCAGGGCAGCAGGGGCGACGGCCCGAGGCCCAGUGAAAUUAGGGGCCCCGACCUGUAGGGUACAGUGUAUAUAUAUAUAAGCCCAUAUGAAUUGGCACAAAUAAAAAAGCAAGGGGCUGUAGGCAGGGUCGCAGGGAGGCCCAUCUCCAACAGAAGCCCAACUGCCAAGAGGCCCGAAGUCACGCCAGUUCGUUUUCUAGCCUAUUCGUUUUCUCGCCAAGGGGCAUAGAGGCAAGCGACUCUCCUCCUCCUCAGUCUGAACGCCGGUUCGUUUUCUCGCCUGUUCGCCUUCACAGAUCGGCCGACCGGGCAACUGCGAGUCUUCGACAGCGGCUGCCGCCAGAUGCAUUCGCAAGGAAUAGCAGGACACAAAGUAGUGUUCUUGGAGUAGAGUUCGAUCUGUUGUUGACGACUUGGUGCUGGACUUCUUGUUUCCUUGAUGAUUGAAUAUGGAUAGUUGCAGCCCGAAGAACACAAAUUUUCACUGAUUUAUUGCAAUAUUCAGCCUUCAAGUGCCUUCAAUCCUUUUCUUGCAAACAUGCUGCCCAAAAAACAUUUACCUGGUUUCCAGAAAAGAACAAAGAGGAAAAGAAGAGAUAAGUUUAUUGGAACUCAGAAGGGAGCUAUGCGUAAAUUUGCUGUGAGGAAUGACACUACUGAUAAUCUUGAUGAAUUAGAUGGCAAUGGUGCUGAAGAACAACAACUUGCUAAGAAUGAGACCACAAUUGUGGAAAACAAUGCCCAUGAGACUCCUAUAAAUUUGAGUGGCCGUGAGAAUCCUAAAAGUGUUGAUGAACAAGGAUCUUCUCCUUUUGAUAUCUAUGACCCUAGAAACUGGGACGCUCUUGAUAAUAAAGCAAGAGAUAUUCUGAUUGAAAAAGGGCCUACAAGGGAAUACAAUCUUGUAUUCGAAACGGAUAAUGUUGGAAGACAUUUUUCGUACGCUUACUACUCAAGAAAGCUUAGUAAUGGGGAGGUCAGUGAUCGGAAGUGGUUGGUGUACUCGAAACAUGUGAAUAAAGUUUACUGUUUUUGCUGCAAAUUGUUCAAGUCUGAAAGUAGCAAAAGUUUACUAGCAUCUGAAGGACUAAUGGACUGGAAGCAUCUAAGUGAGAAGCUCAAACUUCAUGAGAAUAGUGUUGAGCAUAUCACUAACAUGAAUACUUGGAAUGAGGUAGACUGAGGCUAAGUAAAAAUGUGACAAUUGAUAAAGAUCUACAGCAAGAAAUUGCAAAGGAGAAAGAGCGAUGGAGACAAGUUCUGAUUAGAAUUGUUGCUGCAGUGAAGUUUCUUGCCAAGCAUAAUUUGGCUUUUCGAGGAUCAAAUGAGAAACUAUACCAAGUUAGCAAUGGAAACUUUUUGGGAGUAAUUGAAAUGAUAGCAGAAUUUGACCCAGUUAUGCAAGAUCAUCUUAGGCGCAUUCAAAAUAGUGAAAUUCACUAUCAUUAUCUUGGGCAUAAGAUUCAGAAUGAGUUAAUUAGCCUUCUUGCUCAGAGUGUGAAAGAUUCUAUCUUAAAGGUAAUUAAGGAUGCCAAGUAUUUCUCUGUUAUUCUUGAUUGUACCCCUGAUGUGAGCCAUCAAGAACAAUUGACUCUAAUUGUGAGAUGUGUAAACAUGUCAAGUGCCACUACAAAAAUAAAUGAGUAUUUUUUAGAGUUCCUAAAGGUGGAUGAUACAUCAGGACUUGGACUUUAUAAAGAGUUAAUAACUGCACUUGGGUUGCUUGGUUUGAAUGUUAAUGAUGUUAGAGGUCAAGGAUAUGAUAAUGGUUCAAACAUGAAGGGAAAACACCAAGGUGUCCAGAAGAGGCUACUUGAAAUAAAUCCGAGAGCAUUGUACAUGCCAUGUGCCUGUCACAGCCUGAAUCUUACUCUAUGCGAUAUGGCAAAAUCUUGCAGCAAAGCUAUUACUUUCUUUGGAGUUGUGCAACAGAUCUACAUAUUGUUUUCAGGCUCUACUAAAAGAUGGCAGGUAUUGCUUGAUAAUGUUCCAAACCUUACUGUUAAAUCUCUCUGUAAUACUCGCUGGGAGAGUCGGAUAAAGAGUGUUCAAGCUAUUAGAUAUCAAGCACCUCAGUUAAGAAAAGCUCUAUUGGAGUUGCAGAGAACUUCUAAUGAUGACCCCAAAACUAAGAGUGAUGCAAAAUCUUUGGUUACUGCACUUGGAAAUUUUGAAUUCUUAGUUGGCAUGGUCAUUUGGCAUGAUAUUUUAUUUACUAUCAACAUGGUCAGUAAGAAGUUGCAGCCUGAGUUUAUGUGCAUUGAUCUUACCCUUAAGCAAAUUGAAGGUGCCAUCUCAUUUUUUAAGAAGUACAGAAAUGACGGCUUUACAUCCAGUGUGAACAUUGCAAAAUCUAUUGCAUCUGACAUGGAUAUAGACCCUGUAUUUCCUGUAAAACGUCAUGUUAUCAGAAAAAAGCACUUUGAUGAAACUAAUGGUAGUGAAGAAAAUAAUCAAAUGGAAGAAGCGCAAGCAGUUGCAAAGGAAUCAAUUAGAGUUAAAUACUUUCUCGUGAGGAUAGAUGUUGCAAUUAAUUCCCUGACCACCAGAUUUGAUGAGCUUAAGUCAUUUGGGAGUAUAUUUGGCUUCUUAUUCAACUCUAAAAAAUUGAAAUCCUUGGAUGAUAAUGACCUGAGAAGAUGUUGCACUAAUUUUGCAAAGACUUUUUCUCAUGACAACUCAGCAGAUGUUGACUUGGAUGAUUUUGUUUCUGAACUGAAAGUGUUGCAAAUGACAUUGCCAAAUACACCCAUGCCAGCAGAUCAGAUAUUUGAGUUUGUUAGAGCUGCAGAUUGCUAUCCAAACGUGUCAAUUGUUUACCGAAUUCUCUUAACUAUGCCUGUGACGGUAGCAUCAGCCGAACGGAGUUUUUCAAAAUUGAAGUUGUUGAAAAAUUACUUGAGGUGAACUAUGUCGCAAGAAAGAUUGAAUGGAUUGGCAAUAUGUUGUGUUGAGAAGGAUGUGUUGGAUAACAUUGAUCUUGAUACUGUCAUUAAUGAUUUUGCAUCAAAAAAUGCACGAAGGAGCCGUUUCUCAUGAUUGCUGGAGGCUUGGAGGUUCGUUAGCAUAUGAUUUACUUUUUGUUAUGCUCUGUAACUUCUAUGAUAUUUGAUUUAGACCUGAAGUAUGACGUUGUUAUUUAUGACCUGGAGUAUUAUUCACCAAGGAAAAUUACCACUGUUUAUUAUAGCUU